AUGAACACUUCUUUUACUAAGCAUAAAUUGAUCCAUAUAGGAGAGAAACCACUUAAAUGCAUAGAAUGUGGGAAGAGCUUUAGGCAAAGUGGUGACCUUGCUUCCCAUAAAAGGAUUCAUACGGGAGAGAAACCCUAUAAAUGUAUUGAGUGUGGCAAGAGCUACAGAAAUAGUGAUCAACUGACCUCCCACAAAAGGAUCCAUUCAGGUGAAAAACCUUAUAAAUGCACAGAGUGUGGAAAACCGUUCAGGACAUUCAGUUCCCUUGCUUACCAUAAACGGACACAUACUGGAGAAAAACCGUAUAAAUGCCUGCAGUGUGGAAAGAGCUUCAGUGUAAAGAGUUCUCUUACUUCCUAUAACCGGUUACACACAGGAGAAAUCCCUUAUAAAUGCAUGGAGUGUGAAAAGAGCUUCAAAACCAGCAUUCACCUGACCUACCAUAAAAGAAUCCAUAUGGGAGAGAAACCUUAUACAUGCCUGGAGUGUGGAAAGAGCUUCAGCCAUAGAAGUCAACUUAGUUACCAUAACAGGAUCCAUACUGGGGAAAAACCUUAUAAAUGCACAGACUGUGGAAACACUUUUGCUGGCAGUGGCUAUCUGACUUACCAUAAAAGGACCCACACAGGAGAGAAAACUGUAUAA